AUGGCUUCACCUCCAAAUUACACAGAAAACAAUGUUGGUGUAAUACACUGUUAUCUUAUGACAGUAUGCACCCUCGAUAUAUCUUUGCCAACAUUGUUAAGAGUCAAGUUCAUUUGUCUGUACCCAGCAUAUAUAAACAGUAAGAAGACUGUAGCAGAAGGAAGGCGAAUACCCAUUGAGAAAGCUGUGGAAAAUCCAACUGUCUCUGAAAUUCAUGAUGUUUGUGUAGUAGCAGGACUUAAUGUUGUCACAGAGAAGAACAAGAUGUAUCCACGAGAGUUGAAUAGGGAUGGCCAGUUUACAGGCAGAGUGCGCAUUCAACUCCGAAAAGAAGAUGGCAGCUUCUGUUUAGAACAAUUCCUCUCACGUAAAGCUGUGAUGCUUUAUGUAGCAGAAAUGAUUCCGAAGUUGAAAACUCGAACCCAAAAAUCGGGUGGAGCUGAGCAGAAUGCCCAGCAAGAAGGAGGGAAAAAGGGCAAGAAAAAGAAGAAAUGAAUAUAUGAACAUUGCCCGUUUGCUGAUCAGUUCUGCACACAUCUUGAAGAAAAUUAUUAUGGAAUGCAAAAGACUGAAUUUUGGACUUUCUGUUGUGGAAGGGAACAGUUAUGUUUCUAGUGAUUUCUGUUGAAACAGUCCAUAUACAGGCAUGCAUUAGAGAAACACAGCAAAAUACUUCCGUCUUCAGUAAUUUUUAAAUGAGAUACUCUAAUAUUAUUGGUCAUGCUAGUUUUCUUUUCUUUGAAUUUGUGGGUAACAUCAAGUGAAGAAAAGGCCUGGCUUAACAGUUUUGGUUGUGUGUGUGCAGUGUUGUGGGGGAAAGAAAACUUUUGUGAAGAGCUCCGAUCUUGAAGAAUACUGCUGAAGACAGUAGUAAAGAGGAGGGUACUUGUGUUUUUAUAGAAAAUAUGCAGUACUGAAAUCCCAUUGUGGCCAGCAGUACUUGAACAUGCAAUAAGUUAAGACUUGAUGGUUUUUCAGCAUUCCAUAUUCUUUGUGUUUUCUUAGCAUGGAACAACCAGUUUCUCUAAGACGGUAAUACUCUAAUCUUUUGACUGCAUACGUUUAAGAACAGCCUGGAAAAUGUUACUGUUUAAGCUGCCUCAUCAGUUGUUUAUUAAAAAAGGACUUUUUAGUGCGACACCUGUUUGCUGAAGUAUUGACAUUUUGUUGUUGUCUUUGUGUAUUAAAUUUAUUAUCUGAAUGUACAUUUAUUAAUACUGACUCUCAGUUUAGCUUUUUGUUUUACAAAAUGCACAUAAUGUGCCAGCCUGCUGGUUGGUUUGUGAGGUAUCUUGGAGUGAAUGAAUGUAUAUUCCUUUGUGUAAUGUGAAGUUGGGUACAUGUCAUCACAGUCUGACCUUGUAAAGCAGCAUGGAUAAGGUAACAGGUGCUUUUUAAGCUGAAGGAUAGCAAGUUGGGGAGAUGACAUUUUGCAUGUUUAACGAUUAUAAGUCAUUGGCAUGAACGUAAUGCAUAGUGAAAGUUUAAAUAUGUUAACAUAGGAUUUUAUAUUAGCAUUGUUCAAGCUGAAGGUUAUUUAAAAAAUUAAAAUUUGUUUUACUUAUGCUAAUGUAGUAUAGUUGGGCCAAAAUGAAUGGUGCACUUAACAUCCGAAAAAGUUGCGAGUGGCAGUCUACUUGUACUGUUCUUAUCCCAACAGUGAUAUACCCAGAUAAAUUCAUUUAGCUUUAAGAGAUAUGCCUGUGUGAGGCACCAUCCCUUUAAUUUAUAACACUGAUUCUUACUAAUGGGGAACAAAGUUAGUGUAUUGUGGUAUGUUACGUGGACAUCAUCUGUAAAUGAGACAAUGUGCUGCAAGUGAAGAACAGUUUCCUGUAUUUUCAUUAAUGAGGCAGUCUGUUUAUCAACAUAAAGGAUAAAAAACAAUCAA